AUGUCCUCGGCCGUUGCGCCGCGACUCGAUCCUUCAAUCUUAGUGGAAGAAGAGAAGACACCAAACUAUCAUGCUGAUAGAUUCUAUCCUGUUCAACUCGGUCGAGUCUUCAACGGACGAUAUCAGAUUGCUACAAAGUUUGGUUACGGUGCCAACUCCACUGUGUGGCUGGCUAGAGAUCUUAACCGCUGGCGCUGGUCACCCGAGAAAUAUGUCGCCGUUAAGGUCAAUGCAACCAACCAACGCUCACGGCGACCCAAGGGAAACGAACUUGACAUUAUGAGGCAUGUUUCUCAAGUGAACCCCAAACAUAAAGACCUCAAGCCUGACAACAUAAUGGUGAAAAUUGAGGACCCUUCGAUUUUUGAACGAGACGCUCAGGACGAGUUCGACGAUCCCUUGCCACAAAAACACAUUGAUGAACAUACAAUCAUCUACCUCUCUCGAAAUAACUACGGGCCACUUUCUGUCCCAACAGGGAUCAUUCAGAUUGUAGACUUCGAUCUUUCUGUUCGGGCACAGCCAGGCCAAAUGCAUACCGGUGCCAUUCAGGGAGAAAUAUACCGGGCACCAGAGGUUAUACUUAAUGCAGGCUACACAUACUUUGCCGACAUUUGGAGCCUAGGAGUCAUGUUAUGGGACUUGCUUGAGGGAAGGAGCCUUUUCAAUCCUACAGCCCCCGGUAACGCCGAUGAAUAUGACGACCAAUCGCGCCUGGGUCAGAUUUCUGCCUUGAUCGGACCUCCACCGCAGAGUCUACUGUCUAGCGGCCAAAGAACUUCCAUGUUCUACAAACCCGACGGCGAGCUCAAGAAUCAUGGACUUGUCCCGGCCCCUGGCGAUUUCAGCUUGGAGAAAACCAUUAGUUGCAUGAGCGGCGAGGAGAAGCUGAGGUUUAUUCGAUUCAUCAAGAGAAUGGUGAAGUGGAGUCCAGAGGAGAGAAGUACUGCAAGAGAACUACUUGAUGACCCGUGGUUAUAUGAAGACUUUCCCCAGGAUUAG